CGACACUGUGAGGAUUCUGUAGCACUUUAGAGCGUCUAGAUUGGAUGGGUGGAACGGGAGAACAUUCGAGACAACGACAAAGUGUCGAGGACCCUUGUUACUUAGUUAGUAUUCAUAUAAUAUAAAAAUAUUGACCUGCAGCUCAUUUCAUUGGUAACUCACGUUACACUAACCCGCAAUUCCUCACUUUCAACGCGAGUUACUAACCAAAACGGUAUACACAUGUAGUUGUGUUUAUUUCCACCAUAAAAGAGAUCCGGACUACGAAUUUUUUUGUCAGUCCUGAAAACUACCAGCGCAGCACGAUGGAACUUCGUAAACGCUGUCUGCACCAUUACUUGUGAUCUCGUCGCACUUUUCAUACCGUAAAGACAGAAAUGGCACAUUCUGACCCAGUCUACUUGUCUGCUUAUGACGUUCUUCGGGAACUCUCCAUUCCCCCCGCGCCCGAUCAUGAUAGUGGGAGAAGGUUGAGCACUAUAACUUCAGAGCAGCUGGCUGCAUUCGAUGAGCCACCGCGUAGUUUUAUGCGAACCACCUUAGCCUUAGAACAGAACAGUUCCACAAAAGAUUCCGUCGUUGGCAGUAUCGACCGAGCAUGGAUGUACAAAAGCGGUCGAGACAAACUGUCGCAUUUGUUGGACGCUCCGCCUUGCAUUUGCGGCGCCACGGCCCGACUGCUCGUGAACAAAUCCAGAAAAGGCACACUUGCUAUUAUCCACGACACGCAUCGCCAUAUUGAUCCCCAAGGAUGGAGAAACGACUGGCAGGUAGGGACACUGCAGACCGAAGAAAUCGAGCAAAAAAUGAAGGUCAAAGUCCCUUCAGUGGAAGUGGAGGAAGACAGCUACACCGUACGUGUAACGGAUCAUCCCGAACAUAAAAACACAUUGCCGAAUCUUCAACCAGCAUCCGUACACCAAAUGAUGGCCUUGCUUAAUAACGCCGAGCAGCUGGUAGCAGCAUGGUCUUUUCGCGCUGCAGAUGGUGGUGAUGCGUUGUAUGAUGACGACGUCAAUCAGCCAAUCCAUAUCCUGCGUCUGUUGCAAAUUGUACACGAAGAGCAAAUGCUGUACAAUGCCCUCUUUUACGAAGUUAUCCGCCAGUGCACGGUACAUUGCGCUGAACGAGGUCACAUUCUUUCGGAUCUGCGAAGAUGGUAUGCGGACUUAUUUAGUCAGAUUCCUUCAUAUCUAAUAAACAUCCACAACGAAAUGUUGGUUCAGCGUUCUAUUGAGCGCCGGCUGGCGGAAGUGUUUAUCGGUUACAAACAAUGGUGGAACGCCACUAUCUUUCAGUUUGAAAAGUUUAAGGAUGUAAAACCAGUCAUCCAACGGCUUCGCGAAAUUACAGACGAAGCAUCAACACCGGAGCGAUUAAUUUCCCUCGACGAGAGCGGACAGCUUUUUAGGCAGUAUUCCAAACUCUUUGCUGCACAACGUGCCAGUUUAGAGCAGGAUCAACAAGACAUGCGGUUUGAGAAGCAGAUCUGGCAAGACGUAACGUACCAGUUAGUAGGAGAACUGGUGCACGAUCCACAGUACAGCUUGUUCAAGUCCAUCCACACAGCCCAGACGCAGUGGCACACAGGCGCACAGCAAGCUUACCAGGCAAUUUUGCUAAAUGACCAAAGAGCAAUUUUGGAACUACGAGAGUUAACAAAACGCUGGUUGGGAAGUCUGGGUCAUCUAGAAUCGCGGUUACUCGAUUACGACAAAGAGAUGGUAAAAAUUCUUGAAGAUGUAGGAGACGAACUGCAAAUGUGCCUCGAUCUAUUUCUGGCGCGAGAGUCAUUGUAUGACGAAGAGCUAAUUGGUAAUGUGCGAGGGUACUUUAAAAAGUGGAACCUUGGGCUGAAUGGGAUUCUGAAUAAGUUCAAAGCAGACGAAUCGGAACGCAACCUAAAAUUUCUUCAGCAAAUUCAUUCCGAUUUUGAAACUUUGGUACAUCGUGCUCUUUCUCUACUCGUCACACAAUAUCAAAGGGAACAGGACCGAGGCGCGAAUUUGAGUCGAGUGCGCCACGAAACCGAGAGCGUCCGCAUAUUGAAUGCUACUAAACCGGAUUAUUUUGCAAAGCAUACGUCCAUCGAGGAUAACCAUUUCCAUAGGCUUUCGGCAGCUGGGCUAGCAGAUUUUGCUCAGAAUAGUCCCUUGACCGAUCCCGAAAACUUCCCACUAGAAUUAAACGACGAAGAAUUUGCGACGUCCGUUGCGUUAUUUGGGAAAUCUGCAAGGUUUCAGGAUGUUGCGAAAUUAAAGCUAUUGAGAGAUUCUCAACUUUAUGCCGGCACGUACACGAUAUGGAAAAUGUACGAAGCGGUUCGGCUGAUUGCUGAAAACAAAAUUAUUGGUGGAACGGGGAUCCCAUUAGAGGUUACUCAAAUGGAAGAACGAUUUGAGCACCUCCGAACCCUUACGGCAAACGAAACGUACUUUAUCGGCGCUGAACCAGGGAGAUUCCACAGCGCCGCUUAUGCUUUACUGCAUCAGCUGAAAGACUUGGCCAGUCGAAUUAGAGAUCCCGCUUAUGUAUUGGCCAAACAAGCUAAAUAUGCUACCACUACCAUUCGGCGGUUUAUAAAUAAUGCUCGGACUUGGUUCUUAUUUUGCGAAGGCGGCAUGGAAGCACGAAUCCAAAAUAUCUUGCACGAUAUCGAAUUUAUAUCAGAAAAUAUGCUGCGACUGGAACUGAAGUUGAUGACCGCACUUGUUCCUGAUAAAGGUUUUGAGGAAGAGCGGUAUCAGCAUCUGUACAAGAAGCAAACUGAGAAGACGAUCACCGAUCGCUUGGAGCAAGCAGUAUUGCAGUAUACCGCUGUCAGCCGAGAAGCCGGUAAUCUGUCACGAAUGUUAGACGAGCAGACUGCCAAUGUUAAGCUCGGUCCGACUACCGGUACUGCGCCGCAAAAGGUUAUCCCUUGGUGUGAAAAUUGGAACGGGAUAGUUUUGACCUUAAUAGACCAUGCUUACCGCCGCAACAAAGUUCACAGGAGCGAUAUAUCAGCUUUGCCAUUAAUAAAGUACCUGCAGAAACUUCGAAGUAUGGAAGAGAAAAAUGAGAAAUGUUUCAACGUUGACGACCUUUAUCUGCUGAUCGAAAACAACGAAAACAAGAGGGAUUUUGUGGAGCUGCGACUGCAAGGGGACGAGGUCAACUUAUAUGUUAAACCGUUUUGCUUGUUUAUGAACGAAAGAAGCGCAAACGACACAGACGAAAAUUGUGUCAAAAAGCAUCUAUCAAAACUGACCACUGAUUUGAAAAAGCAACAAAUAAUAAAUGGACAAAUUGAAAAACGGGUUCAGGAUCUGCAUUUGGCCAUUCUAGAAGCGAAGCGAUCCUUUGAUAAAAACAAAACAUUAGCGUACUACUUGGGCAUCGACAAGCCUUUGAAAGAGACAGUUGCACCUCAGUUUACUGAUGUCGCUAUCGACGAAAUGGAAGCUCUUCUAAAGACAACGCCACCGGACGCUUUGAAACAACAGGCCGAAACGGACGUUUUGGCAUUACGAACUUUACCCAGCUGGGAAAAGCUGACCUGUGAGAGAGGGGAAAGCGCUGUGGAUGGACCAAAACGCCCAUUUGAUUUCGAAAGCAGGAUGAUUAAACUUAAAAAUGAUCUGAAGGAAUCUGAAGAGAAACUGCAGAACAAGCGAUUUUUAAUAACUCCGUUUAUUCGAAACCAUGACGAGCAAAAGCAGGUCUUGCAUAAAAAAAGAGCAGAGCGGGAGGCGAGUAAAGUAAAACGGCGACAGCUUGGUAGAAACUCAAGAUCGAGGAGGCGAUCCAGAAGCAGCAGUGUGCACAAUCAAGGAUAAGCUGCUUGUUAUUUGUUGCUUGCUGCUUUUUUGUCCGUGCGGCCGGCUGCCUGUUAUUUGUAUCCUUAAAUUUUUAAGGGACGUACAGUUUUACUUGGUGAAAGAAACUAAAUAAAGAUGCAAGUGUAUGUAAUUUUGAAUCCGAAGCUCAUAUU